UAUUCCCUUUUGCAUAAGGAAAAGAAUAGGAUAAAGUAGGCCUUAUAAAUAUUUCGAGAAAAAGAAUCCAAAUUCCAUUGAUUAAAUAGUACUCCCAAUUCCGACGUCUUCUUCGGCGAGUUCACUCCACGCUCCGGCGGGUGCUUUUUUUCAUCUCCUUCUACGGCGAAUUCAGCUGUGAAAUCGAAUUUAGGUGGAGGAAUUUUAAAUCCGGGGUCUUCAGCAUGGCGUCUCUCAAGGAACUUCUCCCAGCAGCAAAAUCAGCUACCAGUACAUUUUAUGACCAUACAAAUGACCCGUGGUUCAAGAAUAGGUUCGGUGCAACUGAGGCAGAGAAAUCUGCUGUUAUCAAGGCAACUCCGGUGCCCUCUUAUCUAAAACGGGCUGGUUUUAAGCCAUCUAAGCUCGAGGAUUUUGGGGAUGGAGGAGCAUUCCCUGAAAUCCAUUACGCUCAGUAUCCACUCGAUAUGGGCAGAAAGAAAGACUGGAAAGCUGGGGGAAAGACUUUGCCUGUUACCGUGGACGAGCAUGGUGAAGUAAGAUAUGAUGCAAUUGUGAGGCAGGGCGAGAACACAAAGAAAAUUGUUUAUUCUCAGCACAAAGAUCUUAUCCCGAAGUUUGUGAAGGACGAGGAUGAAGAAGAGAUGGAUUUGGACGAGAAGCAAAAAGUAAUCGAUGAGACAAUGCAGGAGACUAAGGCAGCACUUGAGAAGAUUGUAAAUGUGCGGUUGAGUGCUGCACAACCCAAAAAUGUUCCCACACAAUCUCAAGACUCCAAGUUUAUUAAGUACAAGCCUUCCCAGCAAUCGGCAGCUUUUAACUCGGGUGCAAAGGAGAGAAUUAUUAGGAUGGUAGAGAUGCCUGUGGACCCGAUAGAGCCACCGAAGUUCAAACACAAAAGGGUUCCUAAGGCCUCUGGUUCUCCACCUGUGCCUGUUAUGCAUUCUCCUCCUCGUCCUGUUACAGUGAAGGACCAGCAGGAUUGGAAGAUUCCGCCUUGUAUAUCAAACUGGAAGAACCCCAAAGGUUACACGAUCCCACUUGAUAAGCGUCUUGCUGCUGAUGGCAGGGGACUUCAAGAGGUCCAGAUCAAUGAUAAUUUUGCAAAACUAUCAGAGGCUCUGUAUGUUGCAGAACAGAAAGCCAGAGAAGCAGUUGCAAUGCGGUCAAAGGUUCAGAAAGAGAUGGUGAUGAAAGAAAAGGAAAAGAAAGAAGUGGAACUUCGGGAGUUGGCCCGCAAGGCAAGAUAUGAGAGAACUGGUGUAGCACCCCCAGCUGCUGCACCUGUGCCUUCUGAGAGGGACACCAUGAAUGUUGAUGAUAUGAGUGUGGAUUAUGAGCGUCCAAGAGAUCACCCCAAAGAGUCAAGGGAGGACAGGGAGGCGAGAUUACCGCGAGACAAGAUACGCGAGGAGCGACGUCGGGAGAGAGAGAGGGAGAAGAGAUUGGAGGCAAAAGAUGCUGCGAUGGGUAAGAAGAGUAAGAUCACCAGAGAUAGAGACCGUGAUGUCAGCGAAAAAGUGGCUCUUGGGAUGGCUUCUACUGGUACAUCAAGAGGAGAGGUCAUGUAUGACCAGAGAUUGUUUAACCAGGAGAAAGGGAUGGAUUCUGGAUUUGCCACUGAUGAUGCCUACAACGUCUAUGACAAGGGCCUAUUUACUGCUCAGCCCACUCUUUCUACUCUAUACAGACCAAAGAAAGAUGUUGAUUCUGAAAUUUAUGGAGGUGCAGAUGAGCAGCUGGACAAGAUCAUGAAGACAGAUCGAUUUAAGCCUGACAAGGCAUUUGCUGGAACAUCCGAGAGGGCUAGUACGAGAGAUGGACCUGUGCAAUUUGAGAAGCAAGUUGAGGAAGCUGAUCCAUUUGGUUUGGACCAGUUCUUGACAGAGGUUAAGAAGGGAAAGAAAGCCAUGGCAAAUGUUGGUAGUGGAGGCACCAUGAGGGCCAGUGCUGGCACCACGCGAGAUGGUUAUGAAACAUCUAGCAGAACUCGUAUUGCUUUUGAUAAGGGGCGUUGAGUUAUCUUUCCGUGCCUGCGCCCUGGUAUUUGUGGGUCCAUCUUGGCUGCAUCUCUGCUGAUGCAGAAGUUCAAAAUCAAGUUGUCUUUCAUUUUACUUUAUGCAUUAGCAUGAAAUUACUCUUCUACUAUUGAUAUUCAUGCUGUUGUAACAUAUCUCCAUUAUUGCAGUGUGAAGUUAAAAUUGUUUUAAGUCAUCCUCUCAAUCUUCAGGCUGUUGGAACAUGUUCAAUUAUUGCUGCAACUGCUUUCCUACUUGACAACCAGUGAUGAAUUGGAAGA